AUGACUCGCAGUAGGAUACCGCGUGAUAUUGGAUGGAGCUUUAAGCGACAUGGCGUUGGAAUUCGUGUUAGUAAUUUAAAAAAUAAUAAUACAGGUGAUGAUGAAGAUGAAAAUCUCAUUGAUUUGGCCUAUGCCGGGUCAGAAGCCUCCUUGGCUGAGCCGACAGCGUUUACGGCUCACUGUGACAAAGCGCUUCACUACGAGCUGAACUAA